GCUCCACCCCGCAUCGGACUCGCAAGCUUCAUCUCUCAACCUCACAAUCAUCCUUUCACUAAACUUGCUUCGUGCAGCCUCCAUCUGCCUCCUUCCGGUUUCUUACACGAACGCUUUCCACGACACCACAUAGCAAUGUCCAGGCAUCGCUUUGUGCGCAAUUUGGAUCUCGAUGCCGAGUUGGCCGACGACCACCCAGACGACUACGAUGACGGAGGUGCCUACUCAGGCGAGGGCUACGACUCCGAGGAGCCCGACGACGGAAUGACUCCGGAGGAGCGCGCGCAGCUCCACUCCGCCCUCCCACACGUCAAGGAGAAGCUCAAGGACAUUAAGCCCCCAAUAUCCGAUGAAGCGAUCAAGGACUCGCUCUGGCACUACUGGUUUGAUGUCGACAAAGCUUCGUCAUGGCUUCGGAAAGACUGGGAGAAGAAAGGUCCAGACGGCCCGCCUGCGUUCCUCAUCCCCACGCCCGACGAACAACCCCGCCCGCGUCCCAGCCUACGCCUCCGACGAUCGGAUGCAAGAGUGUUGGUGGCCCCAAAACCAGAGCCGGCUACUGUACUUCUUACGCCGCUGCAGCGGCUUAAGCUCCAGCGCGAGCAGCGCUCUGCGAGCGGGGCCCCAGCUGCCACCCCGGCCCCGACCCCUCCGCCAGACGACACGCGGCCCAAGUCGAAGCUUGCGCUUCUGGCGCAAAAGCGCCGUGAGAACGCGGCCAAAGAGUCGGCGCCUUCUUCGCUCACUCCUCCCGCUGCGGAGGAUGCAAUCCUUUCGCCCAGCGCGCCCGCCAAGCCGCUGUCCAAGCUCGCGCAGAAGAUGGCCGCAGUCCGGGCUGCUCGCAGCGAUGCUUUGAAGUCCGAAACGGAGACGCCAGUCGCUGGAACACCAGCAGAUGUGGACAACGCUCUCCCGACGGCCUCCGAGGAGGCGGCUGAGGCCCAGUGGGUGCUUCUUCCGAAGGCUAAGGUCGCUCAGGCCGCGUCUCCACCAUCCGUUUUCUUCAAUCUCCUUACUUCUCAUAAACAAGGUGCAAUCCCCGACCCGCCCUCAUUGGCGAACAUGCACAUUGCUGUGCGCGGGGACCUCGCUGCAGCUGAGAAGCGGGUGCGCGAGGCAUUUGGCCCUGGGCGGGCAGUAGGACGCGUAGCGUCAACUCGAGAUGUACUCGGCAUAUGCGCACUCGCUCCUUUUAACCGUGGACUGACGCUUACAUUACCAGUUGCCAAAGCAGCGGCACCGCCCGCCACACGUUCCAAGUCGCUACCUGCUAAGCAGCGUGUUCUUUCCUCGACACCCGGGACGCCGAGCCGAUCUGCCUCAAACGCACCCUCGAGCCGAGCACCAAGUUCCAAAACUAGCUCAAAGCCCGGCUCUGCCGCGAGCACCCCUCGCCGAGGCACUGGGACGCCACUUUCACUGGCGGCAUCCGAUAUGGCUGGACUGGGGCUUGAAGACAGCGUAGACGAGGAGUAUCUCCGCCGCGAGGCGGAAAAGUAUCGCGAGAAGCCGGUGCCUACGCUCAAGCAGGAAGAGCUUAUCGCCAAGGUUCGCGAGGAGGAAGACAAGACAGGGAAGAAGAAUAUCUCACUGGUUGUUGUCGGCCACGUCGAUGCCGGCAAGUCUACUCUUAUGGGACGAUUGCUGUACGACCUGGGUGAGAUGAGCGAAAAGGAAAAGACGGCAAAUGAGCGCGGGGCACAGAAGAUUGGCAAGAGCUCUUUUGCUUUUGCUUGGGGUCUUGACGCGCUGGGCGACGAACGCGACCGCGGCGUCACCAUCGAUAUCGCCACGGAACACUUCGAGACGCCGCAUCGUAAUGUGACGCUGCUUGAUGCGCCUGGUCACCGGGACUUUAUCCCUGCCAUGAUUAGUGGCGCAGCUCAGGCUGACGUAGCGCUGCUGGUGAUCGACGCGAGCCCAAACGCGUUCGAAGCAGGCUUUGAGCGCGGCGGCCAGACGCGUGAGCACGCUUGGCUUGUCCGAUCGCUGGGCGUCAAAGAGAUCAUUGUCGGCGUGAACAAGAUGGACGUCGGUGGCUGGGACCAGUACCGGUAUGAGGACAUCGUGGGGGACCUUAAGCCAUUCCUCGCCGCGGCGGGUUUCGCUGGCGGGCGCACGACGUUCCUGCCUUUGGCGGCGAUGAAGGGCACCAACAUUCUCAUCGACACCCUGCCGCAAGAGGCGAAAGAGUGGUACAAGGGACCGUCUCUGAUGGAGGCAUUGGAUCGUGUUGCCGUUCCUGAACGGCCUUAUGCCGCGCCCUUGCGCAUACCUGUGAGCAACGUUUUCAAGGGUCAGACUGCCAUUGCUUCUGGCGUCGCAUGCCAGGGCCGUCUCGCUAGUGGUGUCGUGCAGGUGGGCGAUCAAGUACGUGUCGUGCCCGGCGACGUGGUGGCUAGCAUUCGCACUAUCGAGGUCGACGACGACUCGGCGCCGUUCGCCGUGGCUGGUCAAAAUGUCACGCUGUACCUUGCUGGCGUGGACGCCAACCAACUCAGUAUCGGCGCCGUUCUCUGCCCCGUUUCGUACCCCAUUCGACUGGUCAGCAAGUUCCUGUGCCAGAUCCUGGUUUUCGAUGUUACGACCCCCAUCAUCGUCGGUACGGCAGUUGAGCUAUUCCACCACUCGGUCAACGUCCCUGCCAACAUAACGCGUCUCAUCGCCACGACGGAUAAGACGGGCAACAUCGUCAAGAACAACCCUCGUGUGCUUCAGAAGGGCACGACUGCCAUUGUGGAGCUCGCGCUGCGCCCGCCAACCGGCAGCUCGCGGCCUGCAGUCAUCCCUCUCGAGACUGCCAUGGAGAACAAGGAGAUGGGUAGGGUGUUGCUGCGCCGCAGCGGCGAAACUAUUGCCGCAGGGGUUGUAUCCGAGUUGCUCUGAUGCAUUCUGCUUAGUUGAUACCGCAUAAGGACGGAUGCUACUGCGUGGAGCCACAUGGAGAGGUGUGCUUAUCAGCGAAGAACUCGCGACAAUACUGAGGAAUGGGACUACAGCCAGAAACCCGCAAACACGGGAUAACUCAGACAAUGGAAGACACAG